AUGCCUGCCAUCAUGGACGAUCCGGAGGCGCCCACCAUCUACCGCGUCUCCGGCGUCGCCCCGUAUCCUGACCCUGCGAACCCCGUGCUGCCGCCCAACGUCGCCCCGCGCCAGGUCACCCUGCGCGAUCGCCAGACGGUCGCCACCAUCAUCCCCUUUGCGUCGCGCACGCACGUGCCCCCGUCGUUGCUGCUGUACCUGAGCGACCAGUUCCGCAAGGAAAUCGAAGGCGGCGACACCUAUCCAAUGAUCGACCCGAUGCCUUUCGAGAAAUUUGCCAACUACUGGUUCCAGAACUUUGGCGCCAUUAUGCUGCUCGGCCGCAUCGAGCACGCCGAGGAGGUCGUCGAGGGCCGUGACUGGAGCAAGGAGUGCCUCGGCAGCUUCUACAUCAAGCCCAACUACCCGGGCCGCUCCAGCCACGUCUGCAAUGCCGGUUUCCUGGUGACAGACGCCUCGCGCAACCGCGGUGUCGGUCGCCUCAUGGGCGAGACGUACCUGGACUGGGCGCCCAAGCUGGGCUACACCUACUCCGUCUUCAACCUUGUCUACGAAACCAACGUGGCGUCGUGCAAGAUUUGGGACGCCCUGGGCUUCAAGCGCAUUGGCCGUGUUAAGGGCUGCGGCAAUCUCAAGAGCUAUCCGGGCCGUCUGGUCGAUGCCAUCAUCUACGGUCGCGAUCUGGUACAGGGCGGCGAGAACGACGAUCUCGUGAGUGAUGACCGCUUCGACAAGAUCAAAUACUACCUCAAGUACGGCGAAUAUCCCAACGGGGCUGACCGCGCCGAAAAAAGCAGACUCCGUAGUGCCGCCACCACCUACAAGCUGCUUGACGGGGACGUCCUCAUGCUCAAGGACAAGGAGGUGGUCUCGAACCCGGAACGCCAGUUCGCCAUCUCCCGCGAGAUCCACAUGCAGCAGCACGCUGGCAUCAACAAGACCACCGCCACUAUUGCCGAGCGCUACCACUGGACGCGCAUCAAGGACACCGUGUCGGACGUCAUCCGCAAUUGCGCCCACUGCAAAGACUCGUCCAAAUCCCAAGGUACUGGCGCUCUUCCGGCCACCGACGGCGCAUCUCUUUCCAUUGCUAGCACCGGCAUGAACAACAUGAACAGCAUGAACAGCAUGAACAUGAACAGCAUGAACAAUAUCGGCAUCAACAACUCAUCGUCGUCUUCUUCUUCCACACCGUUGCCGACAACUAACGCCCCGCCAAUACACUCGCCCUCUUCACUUGUCGACGUCAUGUCUUCGACAUCCACGCCCAUGGAGCAAGAUGGUAAGCCCUCCGACGACCACUCGCACAACAGCCCGUCCUCCCCGCAACCUCCACCGCCUCCCCCACCACAUCCUGCCUUCACCGUCACCCCGGACAGCUACAAGGGUAUCCGGGGUCCUGUGUCUGCCAUGUCCAUUGGCCAGAUUCUGCGCGCGCCCACCGAAUCUCCAAUACCGCCCCAUGCGGCCCUGCCUGGCCACAACCCAAUGCUGCAGGACCAGCCGCGCGGCGGCCUCCACCCGGUACAGCACCCUUCCCACCACGCCCUCGACUCUAUGAUACCACUUCCCAACCCGCACUCUUCCGCCUUCCAGCCCAUCGACCCUAAAAUCAUCAGCCAGCCAUCACCACCAGGUCAACCCCACCAGCUCGGCCAACACCACACCCAGUAUGCGCAUCACAGCCACGGCCAGUCUGUACAUCCGGGUAUGAGUGGUGUCGGCGGUACCGGCGGUGGAGCCGGGGCCACGGGCCACCAUUCCCACCAUCAGCUGAACCAGCAGUCCGGCCAUGCGGCGCUGGGUAGCCAGCACCAGAGCCCGCACCAUCAUGCAGGCAUCGUUCACAACGAUCCGUUUGCUUCGUUCCAUGACACGGACGGCCAGAGCGCACACCAUCAACUCAGCCACCAGCACCAUCACACGACUGACGCCUUUACGUCGUUGCUAAAUGCGCCCGAUGACGAUGACAUCGUUGGUAGCGACAGCUCAGGUAUCGGGCCCGGCGGUGCUGGUGGUCCGGGCGUUGGUGGUGGCAGUGGCGGCCCUGGUAGUGGUGGUAUCGCUAUACACCACCAGGCGCAUGGCGGCCAGGUCACCGACCACAACGCUCACGCGCAUGCCCACUCUCACGCCAACCCGCUUAGCCAUGUACAGCAGUCGCAACAGCAGCAGCCGCAACAACAACAACAACAGCAACAGCAACAGCAACAGCCGCAGCAGCAGCACCAUGGCCAUCUGGCUGGUGGCGGCGGCGGCGUGCACGAUGCGCGUGGCAUUGUAGGUGUCGGUGUUGACGACGACGAGGCCGAGCGCGAACGCGAGGCCGCCGUCUACCGCGACCUGGACAUGCUGAUUGAGCCACAAGACGAGGAUGACGACGAUGCGAACCUCGACCUCAACAGCAGCAUGGGUGCCCACGCCCAGGGUCACCUGGGAAGCCUGCGCAGUCACAGCAACAGUAUCAGUGGUGGUCUUGGUGGUGUUGAUGGGCAUGGCAACCCAAGUCAUAGUGGUAACAUCACUGGUGGUGGGAACACUGGGAACACUGGAAACAACAACGGAAACGGUGGCAGCGGCGGCAUCGCCCACCACUUGCACGAUGACAUGAGCAGCAUAAUGAAUCACGACAUGAACGACGACAGCAGCAUGCAUCACAGUAUGAACCUGGGAGGCGGCCCACAUCACGAGUCCAUUGUCCACGACGACAUUGUCGACAACAUUGCCGGUGUCGUGGACGAUGUCAACAUUAGCGACAGCGGCCACCCGCAGCACCACCAGCAACAUCUCUCGCAGCAGCAGCAGCAGCAGCAGCAGCAACAGCAGCAACAGCAACAGCAUCACCCCAUGAGUCACCGGAACAGCUCCGCCAGCCACAGCAACGCCAUCCUCUUGACGGACAUUACCAACAAUGAUGACAGCAGCAGCCAUGUCAGCGCUAGCGCCAACAACAUUGACAACGGUGGCAGCGGCACCAACAAUAGCCUGCGGCCCGCCAUGGACCUGGAGCCUGACCCGGAACCCAGCCCUGACGGCACCGGCGACGCCAGCAUCAACCGCUUCAUCUCCAAGAUGGACAUUGGCCGCCUGCUUUCGUCGGCCGAAGAGGCUGCCCGGGACGGUGACGGCAACGGCAACCUUGACGAUGCCCCUAGUGCCCUUGCUGGUGGACCGAGUGGAAAUGCUGGUGACAGCGUUGGUGUCGACCCCAACAGUGGUGGACCCAAACUGCCCGACGGUGAUCGGCUCGAGGACGUUCAGUUCAGCGGUCUACAGGGAUAG